CCUGUGGGCGAGCGGCGAGUGUGGUUUAUAGAUCUGGAUGGUGCCUACUGUCAGCACACGUGAGCACAAUGGAAGAUGCGCGAGACUUCCCUGCUUCGGUAGAAGGGUCGAGGGGAGAAUAAAAAGACCAUGUGUAGACCCGGUUCGUAAACACUACUACGACCGUUGGUAUCGGUCCAUGUAGAUCUGUCUAUGCAGGGUUUAUCCACUCGCGAGGGGGCAACUACUGAAAGGGACGGGUGACCUCACUCACCUUCUAUCUGCUCUCACACUCCACUUAAGUUAUUUCUUCUGGUUCACUCUCGGUUUCUUUCACCUCGGCCUGCUCUGCCUCUCUUUCUCUCUACGGGCGAAAUGGAGAGGAAAUCUGUGGUGGAGGCGGGGCCGAGUUCCAACAAGGAACGUCGGCGGCCGGGGCCCUGGCCGCCGAGGAUCGAGCCCUUCGUCUCGAAGAAGGAUCACCAUCCCCUUGAGCUCAAAUCGUGGGCUAACAGGACGGGUUUCAACCACAAUUUCUCCGGUGAGAGUGCAUUAAGCAGCAUCAUAGACGAGGGAGGGGAUGAUGCGGCACCGGCAGCAAUACCCCCACCACCGCCGCCAACCCCUCGGAAGAUCUGUGGGAUUGGAUCUGGAGAAGGGCAUUGGUCGACGCCUUGGGAACGGAGCGGCCACCAAGGUCGAGCUGGAGCCGAGUUUGGGGCAGAGAAGGGCUAGUGCUGAUAUCAAUCCGGUGACGGAUCCGGAUUCGGAGCGUGCUGGUUCGAAGGAUGUUGGGAGAAGGUUAGAUAAGGAGAAGAGGAAGAUUGGUAUUGAGCCGGAAUUUGGUUGGAAGGAAGAGGGCAGAGGGUUGGGGAAUGAUCUGUCGGUGACAGGGAAGGGCGAGGGUAUAAAUGGAGCCGAGCGCGGGAAUGGGGAGCGUGCUAUGGCCAUGGGAUCGGGGGAUGGAGUGCCGAAAAAAGAUGAAGUGGAGAUUGACUUGCUAGCGGAUCCUCUGGAGCCACAGACGAGGCCUCCGUUUAAAUCCGGGCUUCUGUGCGAACUCAUGGAAAAUCCGGGUUUUGGUCGGCUGUUUUUAUAUGGUAUCCAACACUACCUUUCACUGGCUGGUUCACUUAUAUUUAUACCUCUGAUCAUGGUUCCCGCCAUGGGUGGAAAUGAUGGGGAAACUGCGAACGUAAUUUCGACUGUACUACUAGUGUCCGGUUUUACAACCAUAAUGCACUCAUUUUUUGGUACUAGGCUUCCAUUGGUUCAGGGAAGUUCAUUUGUAUAUUUGGCUCCUGCUUUGGUUAUCAUUAAUUCUGAAGAAUAUCGAAACCUCAGCGAUAACAAAUUCAAGCACAUUAUGAGGGAACUACAAGGGGCAAUCAUUGUUGGUUCCAUUUUUCAAGCCGUAUUGGGCUAUAGUGGACUUAUGUCACUUAUUCUGAGGUGGUUAAAUCCAGUUGUAGUUGCUCCUUCUGUUGCUGCUGUAGGCUUGGCAUUUUUCAGCUAUGGUUUCCCUCAGGCGGGUUCUUGUGUAGGAAUAAGCAUCCCUCUAAUUUUAUUGAUUCUUAUUUUCACACUGUACCUUCGCAAAAUUUCAAUCUUUGGACAUCACAUUUUCCUAGUUUAUGCGGUUCCCAUUUGUGUCGCCAUUGUCUGGGCUUAUGCAUUCUUUUUGACUGCUGGUGGAGCUUAUAACUAUAAAAACUGCAACUCAAAUAUACCCACCUCAAAUAUCUUGUCAGAUACUUGCAGAAAACAUGCACUUACCAUGAAACGUUGCCGCACCGAUGCUUCUGUUGCAUGGGAGACAGCUGCUUGGGUUAGGAUUCCUUAUCCAUUCCAAUGGGGGGCGCCUACGUUCAGCUUCAGAACGUCCAUGAUUAUGUCAAUUGUAUCAAUAGUUGCAUCUGUUGAUUCAAUUGGAUCUUAUCAUGCAACAUCCUUACUUAUUUGUUUAAGGCCUCCGACGCCUGGAGUUGUUAGCAGAGGUAUAGGACUGGAAGGACUUUCAGGAAUUCUGGCUGGACUUUGGGGAACUGGUACAGGCUCAACAACACUGACAGAAAAUAUUCAUACCCUAGAUUCCACGAAGAUGGCGAGCAGAAAGGCCUUGGCAUUUGGAGCACUCUUUUUGGUCCUUUUCUCUUUUGUCGGAAAAGUGGGCGCUCUACUUGCUUCAAUUCCUCUAGCAUUGGCUGCUGCUGUCUUGUGCUUCACUUGGGCUUUAAUUGUCGCGCUCGGCCUAUCUACCCUGCGAUAUACGCAGUCUGCAAGCUCAAGAAACAUGCUGAUUGUUGGCUUUACAUUAUUUAUCUCUCUAUCCAUUCCCGCAUAUUUUCAACAAUACCCUUCGAAUUCUACCCUCAUUCUCCCAAGCUAUCUUGUACCAUAUGCUGCCGCAUCUGAUGGACCGAUAAAUACUGGCAGUAAAGGACUCAAUUAUGCUUUGAAUUCUCUCCUAUCGCUUAACAUGGUGGUUGCUCUGUUGGUGGCAUUUAUACUCGACAACACUGUACCUGGAAGCAAGCAGGAAAGAGGGGCCUAUAUCUGGUCUUCUUCACAAGGAUCUGACUUUGAUCCGUCAUCUAUGCAGCCUUAUCUUUUGCCAGAGAAAGUUGGGCGCCUCUUCAGGUGGGCUAAAUGGGUAGGUUCUUAACUGCAACUGUUGAUUGCUGAAAACUACUGCUCAACUGUUGGGUCAUGCCUUUAUAUAUUGCUGCUACUUUAUUGGUGCUGUGCUAAAUCUCUCUUUUUUAUUUUUUUAAUUUCAGUCAUAGA